CUCUCCCGACUCUUUACCUCACCUCCAAGGGACGCAAACGCUAGUAACAAACCAGCAGGUUAGCAAGCAGACUGUCAAGCGACAAGGACACGAGAGGGAAAAGCUAUUUUAACCCCAGAUAUUAUCUAUCUGAAAUAACGGAAACUGCACAACACGAUAUCCCUUGCCUAUCGCACCUCAACUUCUGCUGACCAGCUGACGCUUCGGAGACCAGACGACAGACAAGACAACUGACUGAUCAAUAAUAAUAAUAAUAAUAAUAAUAAUAACGUUUGGAUUCAACGUUUCAAAGACACAGAAACGAAGGAAGAGCUAACCAAGCAAACUGAGUGCAUUAUAGACCAAAGAAAGAAACACACAGCAACAACAACAAUAACAGCAGCAGAUGGAGUGACUGGCACGACAGACAGACGGGCGGUGUACUGUGGAGGACCUGACAGACAGACUCAUAUCAACUAUCUGACGACCAGACGGUGCCUCACAUCAAUGGCUGACAAGCAGAUCAGUUUGCCUGCCAAGUUGAUAAAUGGUGGGAUCGCAGGGCUGAUCGGCGUGAGCUGUGUGUUUCCCAUUGACCUGGCCAAGACCCGCCUGCAGAACCAGCAAAAUGGAUCACGACUUUACACCAGCAUGUCCGACUGUCUUAUCAAGACCAUCCGCUCAGAGGGAUACUUCGGGAUGUACAGAGGGUCUGCGGUGAACUUAACCCUGGUCACUCCAGAGAAAGCCAUCAAGCUUGCAGCAAACGACUUCUUCAGACAAUACCUCUCCAAGGAUGGGCAGAAGCUCACCCUGAUCAAAGAGAUGCUGGCGGGGUGUGGGGCAGGUACUUGUCAGGUCAUCGUCACGACUCCUAUGGAGAUGUUGAAGAUUCAGCUUCAAGAUGCUGGGAGAAUUGAGGCCCAGAGGAAGCUGAUGCCAGAGACAGCAGUACCUGGGACUGUGCCGACCAAGUCCCCCACCGCCAUGCAACUAACUAGGGAACUGCUUAAGGAGAAGGGAAUCGCUGGGCUGUACAAGGGCCUUGGGGCCACACUGCUCAGGGAUGUUCCAUUCUCCAUCAUCUACUUCCCUCUGUUUGCCAACCUCAACAACCUGGGGAAGAGAGGAGCGGAGGGCCCCGCACCCUUCUAUGUGUCAUUCCUGGCAGGCUGUCUGGCUGGCAGCACGGCCGCUGUGGCUGUCAACCCUGUAGAUGUGAUAAAGACCAGAAUCCAGUCUAUGAACAGAGGGAGUACAGAGGAAACGUACAGUGGGGUGACUGACUGUAUCAGUAAAAUCAUGAAGAACGAGGGCCCCUCUGCGUUCCUGAAAGGGGCGUACUGCCGUGCCCUGGUCAUCGCGCCCUUAUUUGGUAUCGCCCAGGUGGUCUACUUCUUCGGGGUGGGAGAAUACAUCCUCGGCUUCCUGCCUGGCAACUAAGAACGUUAACCAAUCGGAUCUCUGCCUUUCCCUCUCUCACGACUACGUCGUUCACAGCACACCGAAAAGACUCUGGGAUCACCUCUCGUCACGAAAUAAGGUUUUGAUCGUUUGAUGGAUCGUUUGAAUAUUUGGUCGUUGUCGUUGGGUUAUGACUUUCCACCAAUGUUCUUCUUUCUUUGACCCCUUUUUGGCUUUAAGACCCCCCCCUUUAGAGGAAACCAAGUUGCAUAUAGCCUCUUUAAUCGUCCUUGUUGUGUUGAAUGUAAUUCUAUGGUUGUGAGCACAGUAGUAAGAGUACUAGGAGAGAGAUGUUGAUGGCAAAGUUGCAACACGACAUUCCAGUGGAAUUGAUGCAACAAAAUACCAUGUUCUCAAACGAUGAUGAUUAUUUUAAUGUUUUUAUAUAUAUAUAUAUAUAUAUAUAUAUAUAUAUAUUUAUAUUAUUUUUUUGUUUGUUAAUAUGGGCAUGAAUUACAGGGUAGAUCUAUUGUCAGAGUAUAUAUAUAUAUAUAUAUGGUAGUUAUCUCCAUUAAACCUCCAUAGUGUCAGAAUGAUCAUGCGAAUGACAACUAUUGCCUAUAAAUCACAUUUAAUAUUAAUUACAUAUCUUUGUGAUAAUAAAACAUGUAAGAAAAAAAUAGGUUGUUCCUAAUGGGGGAAAAAAAAGCAAGCUGGAUUAUUAUGCGCUCUCAAGAAAACAAAGGAUCACUUAAGACUAUUCAAAGUUAAGACUAUUCAAAGUUAAGACUAUUCAAAGUUAAGACCAUUCAAAGUUAAGACCAUUCAAAGUUAAGACUAUUCAAAGUUAAGACUAUUCAAAGUUAAGACCAUUCAAAGUUAAGACCAUUCAAAGUUAAGACUAUUCAAAGUUAAGACCAUUCAAAGUUAAGACUAUUCAAAGUUUACCAAGCGUGCUCAUUAAAGAAACAAAAUGCUCCAUACCUUAUUGUUGUUACCAGCUGUUAUGUAAUAUAUUUAAGCAGUAAGGCUCCAGGAGCUGUGGUUAUAUGGCCAAUAUACCACGGCUGAGGGCUGUUCUUAGGCACCACGCAACGCAGCCCUUGGCCGUGGUAUAUUGGCCGUGGUAUAUUGGCCAUGGUAUAUUGGCCAUGGUAUAUUGGCCAUACAUCACAAACCCCUGGAGGUGUCUUAUUGCUAUUAUAAACUAGUUACCAACGUAAUUAAAGCAGUAAAAAAUAAAAUGUUUUGUCAUACCCGUGGUAUACGGUCUGAUAUUUACCACGGCUAUCAGCCAAUCAGCAUUCAGGGCUUCGAACCAACCAGUUUAUAAUAUGAAUUACAGCUUAAAUGACAUCUUACAUUUAUAUUUAAACGUGUUUCAGUCCAAGACCCAUAGAAUAUCUUAAGUUGUGCACUAUAUACAAUUUUACAAUACUAACACUCCCAUUGGAUUUUACCUGAACAGCCCAGUCAUCCCUGCCUGUGAUUGGUUGUAAUUGCCAUUCAGCCAAUCAGCUUAUAGCUCUGUGUGGACUCUAAUUGCCUUGUCCCUGGUGGUGUUUUCUCUAUAGGGGGCAGCAUAAAUGCAGUAUCUAGUUAUCCCCAAACGUAGAAGGAAAAUAGAGCUAUCAUAAUAACCAACAUUCUUUUUUGCAAAAUAUGGACAAUAUCAUAUCACUGUGGUCUUGGUGUUAAAUAUUUGGGCUGGUGAAAGUACUGAUACUAUAUCUGAAGACCAGUCUAAUCUGCAAUAGGUUCUGUACAAAAAAAACAAAAAACCCGAAUCAAUGAUAAUUGAUGAAGCCACUUUUUAAUAUUGUCCAAAUGAUUUCUAACUUUUUAUUGUUGUUUUUAAUAUUUGGAAAGCCAUUCAAACUUUAAAAAGUGUAGACUGAUCUGAGAUAAAGUUGCUUGCGUACAAAUGUUUGAUAACAUUUAAACUAUUGACCUUUUUUUUAUUAAACUUAUAAACUGCAUCCACUUUAAAUGGGAUUUCUUAAACAUUCUAAAGCUUCCAUUGUGACAUUAUGACGUCCAACAUUUCAUUCACAAAAAUCUGCUACUUUAACCUCUUUCCCAACAAGUUAAACAAAAGUUAGAGCAUAUAUAAGUAUAUAAGUAUAUAUAUAUAUAAGUAGUUUAUUAUUAUAAAUUAAUCUUCAAUAAUCAAUGGGGACAUAUUAAGUACAAAAACAGCUGUAGCAACUACUGAUUGCCCUUUCAACAUUGCUUUACUGUUACCUGGUUACCUAGAUCCCCAAAGACCAGGCAAAGCAGAAGCGAGGGCACUGAGAUAAAUGUUGGUUUACAAGCAAUAUUCUGUAAGACUUUACUGUAAAGGUAACCUUGUCAGAUCAACACUGAGGAAAUGUGCUUCUCAAUUUAGACUCUACUUCUCUGAUAUUCAAAUCUGAAAUACAACCAAAAUAUAUUCUACCAAUCGAACGAUACAGCUGUUUUAGUAACAACAUAAACUACAUUUUCUGUAGCGUUUUAUAAACAACUGAAAUUUGGACCACUUUCCCGAAAUACUUAUUAAGACCACAAAAAAAAAAAAAAAAGGUGAAUUGUUCUUCUACUUCUCUGCUAUUCAAAUUCGAAAUCAGAGCAGAAAUAUCUUCUACCAAACCGAAAGUUACAGCUGUUUUUGUCGGCGGUUUAGAGUGAUGAAAAGUAGCUAGCUGACGUCAGCUCUGCGGUGUCCGUUGCUAUGGAUACUCACACACGCAGAGUAGAACAUCGUGACACCGUGACUUCCAACAUUCCAUUUCGCUGUGAAUGCAACAAUCGAUCUACUUUGACCUCUUUCCCAAAUAAGAUAGAAAAACAAUUUGAAUAAAAAUCUUCCUCUACUUCUCUGUUCUUCAAAUCUAAAAACAGAGCAGGAAUAACUUUUAACCAAUCAAGAGGUACAGCUGUUUUAGUAAUCGCAUCAACUGCAUUUUAUUAAGGUAACUUUCCACUGUUAAAUUAACUGUCACAGAACUUUCAAAUUAUAGUUGUUUUUACAUUUAUUUUGUUAUUUAACCUUUAUUUAACUAGGCACGUUAAGAACAAAUUCUUAUUUACAAUGACGGCCUACCCCGGUCAAACCCGGACGACGCUGGGCCAAUUGUGCGCCGCCCUAUGAGACUCCCAAUCACGGCCGGAUGUGAUACAGCCUGGAUUCAAACCAGAGACUGUAGUGACACCUCUUGCACUGAGAUGCAGUGCCUUAGAAUACUAGAAUGGAUAUUAACCUUCUUAUGAUGGGAUAAUCGUCAGCCAUUUUGGUCAGGGAGUUGAUCAACCAUGCUGUGGUUGUGACAGGAACUAGACAAGUUGUAAAUGCAACAAGUACUGAUAUUGCAUCAUAUAAUAGCACUCACAGCUUUACAAUUAUUUGCUUGGGGACAUUUAUGGUCUGUUUACAUAUAUUUUAGAAGCUAUUUGUACAGAAAAUGUGUAUAAAACUCGAAUAAACUGAAUUUAUAAUAUGUGACAAUAUUUUAGCUUGACAAUAAUUUAAUUACACAAUUUCUGAUAUAUCACAUGCUGUACUUCUAUUUUCAUGUAUAAGUAAAAUCAGUAUUAUACCUCCGCUACCGUUCAUUCCGAUCAGAGAGGUUUGGAUUUCUCCCUGACCAAUAUGGCUGACAUUUUCAUCCCAUUCUAGAACCGUGAGGGUUUAUGACAUAGUCAUUUAAUAGGAUCUCGAUGGUGUGCACAUUACAUUCUAAGAAUGAGACAAUAUGUAAACAAUGUGACUUUUGACAGAAAUCAGCUACUUUGACCACUUUCCACAAGUUUAAUAAGAGCAUAUGAAAUCUUAGCCCGUUUUCUCUCCUAUUUAAAUAUGAAAUCAGAACAGGAAUAACUCUAGCAAUCUAAAGAUACAGCUGUUUGAGGAACUGCACCGACUGCUUUUCUUUGAUAACUUUUUAAAACAACUUACAUUUUUUACCACUUUCCCAAAAAAGCUAGACAAAAAGUUAGAACGUAUGAAAUCUUCCCCUACUUCUCUACCGUUCAAAUCCGGCAUCAGAACACUUCUUUCACUACCACAAAACUACUUGUAAAGAACUGGUGAAAGGCACACAAUUUUACUUAAUGUAAAAUUACAAUCUAGUUGUGAUUUCAAUAGUGAACUAAAAAUGGUGUACUAUACUACAAUAUUGUACUAUUUUUAUUUUUAUUUUAUUUCAGUCAUUCAAUGUACUAAAACUAUCUGUUUGUUGUUCUCUAGGCUCUUUGGGGAUUGAAGUAUAUAUAUAUAUUUUUUUUUGUAGCUUCGUUGUAAAUGCGUUUGUUACGUCACUGAAAGCCUGCCACACCAUUCAAAUCAAAUCAAGCUUUAUUUAUACAGCACAUUUCAGACAUGGAAUACAAUGCAAUGUGCUUCACAGGAAAAAAUAAAACUAAUUAAAAACAAUGAAAAUAAAAGCUGAAAUAUUUUGAUAAAAACAAAAGAAUGAC